GUCCUCCCCUGGCACACCCAGGUGGCCUGUCCUGUGCCGGCCUGGCCUACCCUUGGAUCCCUGGGGUGCUUGGGCCUGUGACUGUCCCAACGGGAGGGCGCCAUGGUCCCCGCCAUCCUGCUGCUGCUGUGGCUACAGGGCUGCGUCUCAGGUCCCCCGGCAGAGAGCGCAUACACAAAAGUGAGGCUCCUUGAAGGAGAGACUCUGUCUGUGCAGUGCUCCUACAAGGGCUACAAGAACCGCGUGGAGGGCAAGGUUUGGUGCAAAAUCAGGAGGAAGCGGUGUGAGCCUGGGUUCACCCGGGCCUGGGUGAAGGGGCCGCGCUACUUGCUGCAGGACAAUGCCCAGGCCAAGGUGGUCAACAUCACCAUGGUGGCCCUCAAGCACCAGGACUCGGGCCGAUACUGGUGUAUGCGCAACACCUCAGGGACCCUCUACCCGCUGAUGGGCAUCCAGCUGGAAGUUUCUCCAGCGUCCCCAGCUGAGAGGAGCACUCCCCUCACACAUCUGGCCGAUGUCUUCAAGAGUGGAGCCCCUUCUUCAGGCCCUGAUGAGCCUUUCACCACUAGCAGGACGGGGUUCACCCCUGGGAUCCUCACCUUGGCCAGACUCUUACCCUCCUCGAGACUAACCUCCAUGACAGGCUACAGCUUCACGGGUACCAGCAUGACUACCACGGGGGCCCAGACAGUGACUGUGUCUCCCAGCAAUGCCGGAGCCUCCUCUGUGGGCCCAGAAUCCAUCUCCCCCGAGUCUGGGCACCUCGGCACUGGAGUGCUGGUGACAGGAAUGUGCCACACCAGCAGAUCUCUCAACAAAUUUCCCUCCAUCAGGCACCGGGAUUUUUACCUCACUGUGCUCGUGAUGGGGCUGACCUUCCUCCUGGUUCCCGUGACGUUGAUCAUGGUCUAUGGGUUUUGGAAGAAGCGACACGUGGGAAGCUACAGCAUCCACAGUGAUCCUGCUAGACCCUGGAAGGACCCACCUAGACGACCAGAGCCCCAGUGGAAACCUGCUUGGUCUGAGACCACUUAAGCAUGGGGGCUUUCUGGCUCC